AUGACCGUCGACACUCUAUCCCUCGAGGGCAAGGUUGCCAUUGUUACCGGCUCUGGACGGGAGAACGGCAUCGGAGCUGGCAUCGCCCUGGCCCUGGCUCGCAACGGGGCGUCCGUAGUUGUCAAUCAUGUAUCAGACUCCUCUGCUGGCCGAGCUGCCAAUGUGGCGCAGAUGCUGAGGCAGGCCGGGGGCAAAGCCAUUGUUGUCCAGACCUCGGUGGACACUUUGGAAGGUGCUAAAUACAUUGUCCAAAAGACGCUGGAGGGUUUCCAAACCGACCACAUCGACAUCCUUGCUAACCCAACCCCCGCUCCCUUGCCCAAAGUGAACAAUGCCGGAGUCGGCUACGUCAGCCGGAUCCUGGAUGAGAUCAACCAGGCCGAAGCCGACAGGGUCUACCAGAUCAACGUCAAUGGGCCAUUGUACAUGACCAACGCCGUGGUCCCUCACAUGCCGCCCGGCGGCCGGAUUAUCAACAUCUCCUCUACAAACGCCAAGCUCGGCCACGAGAUGAUAUCGACGUAUGCCGCGAGCAAGGCGGCCCUAGAUAAUCUGAGCGUCUCUUGGGCCGGAGAGCUUGGCAGGAGCAAAGGCAUCACUGUCAACUCGGUAGCUCCCGGUCCAGUCCUCACUGAUAUAAUACCCAAAGAACAAAAGGAUGCCAUGAUGCAGCCACAGAUUGACAUGACGAAAGCUGCUGACCGGGCCGGCACACCCGCGGAUAUCGGCGACGCCGUGCUUCUUCUCGUCAACGAGAAGGCCAGGUGGAUCACUGGACAAAAUAUCUCUGUAAGCGGUGGUGUCACACACUGA